UGUUUAUUUAGAGUCCUUGAUAAAUCCGGCCGCGAUCUCUGCGUUACAUUUGUCGUGCUUAGCGAUGGAGAUACUGCAAGAGAGACCUUAUAUCGAUAGAAGCACUUCAAACUCGCAGUUAGAUCAUGCUUCUUACAACAAACUACCGUACCACGAUGGCUCCGAUUGGUUUAUUGGGUACAGGCCAGUUUGCAACACUUCAUACGACGUGUCUUUGCUCGGCGAGGCCGUAAGACGAGCGCAAGGGUUGGCCCCAGCGCGAUUGCAGUUUAACGGAGAGAAACUCACUCGCUUGCUCCAAGUGUACGAAGAAACGUGUAGGCCAAGCAAGGCUCGCGUGCGAAUGCUGGCAUCAGAACUACAAACCACCGAGAAGCGAAUCACGCAAUGGUUCAUAAACCGCCGAAACAGGUUUAAAAAGAUGGAGGAGAACUGGGACGAAUUAUCAGGUAGCGUUCAACAGAAGCGUAAACGAGUUACACAAGCGGAAUCUUGGAAUUACUGCUACAAGAGAAUUCCAUCGCAAAGAAAUGAUAGCGCGCAAGUGGACUACGACCCUUCACUUGAUUAUUCUACAACUAAACCCCUGAGCCACUUUAGCCCUCUCUACGACUCAUCACCGUCUGGCCAGGGCUUAGAGGAGGACUCGUCAAGGUUUAACUACUCUAACACUGUGCCUUUGAGGCAUUUCUCAGAGCCAGAAGCGCGAGAGUUUGUGGUUUGGGAUCCAGCGCCAGGUGUCGAGGCGAGAGAGGAAAACACGCCGCCCUCUGUUGCUUCUCUCUCUUUUCUGCGAACACACCCAGAAUUGAGGUACGUUAGUACAAAUGAACUAUUACAGGCCAAGGGCGAGGAGACACGACAGCCCGAUACACUCUCGACGACUCCACAACAAAAUGCAAAGGCUGAUUACAUUAGUAGGAGAGAUCAUCUAUCACAUGGUGCAGAGGUGAACAAUGAGACACUACCCUCCAUUGGCGCGCCCGAGAAGCAAAUAAAGCAAAGUUAUACCAACAACGCAAACGAACUCUCUCAGUCGGGAGAUUAUUACGAUUUUAUUAGAAAUUUUCUAUCGGAUGCAGGAUUGUACAAGAGAGAAUUAAGUUCGAUUACAAAGACAAAACCCAAAAUAUCUUUUACAAUGGAAACAUCGAACAUCCCGCGAGCUCGGAGGAUAUCAUGCGUUUCGUCAACAAGCCUGUUCGUCCACACCCAGUUCAUCCACAAGUAG